AAAUAGGUUAUUUAUAUGAAACCACGAUGAAACUUCCAAUAUUUUUGAAGUGAAAGAAUUUAGAUCACGUGAAUAUAAUUUAGUUUAUCGUUCGUUUUUUAUUUGAUAUGGCGAAUUUCGCGAGUGGGGUGAGUCAAAGAUCAACGUGAACACGUUAUGAAUAAUAAUCUUCUAUAAUCUAAAUGAUAGCAAUUUAUAUCACUUGACUAAGAUCAUGAAUUAUUGAGCAGUUAUUGUUGUGUUAUAUAAUAAUGGAAAGCAUAGACAUAAGUCAGAUUUGAGUUUUAGAAAAGUUAUAAAAUGGAUAGAUUUCCAAAGCUUCCUUCACUUAUGGUUUUACCAGUUGCCUUAGGUGUUGGUAUUGUUAUUACAUCAAUAGUAAUAUAUCGAUUAUAUACUUCCAAAUCUACUAAGACCACCAGCAAAGGUAAAAGUAAAAAAAUAUUACUUGUGGACCCACAAGCAAAAUAUCAACUACCUCUGAUUGAGAAAACAAUAAUCAGUCAUGACACAAGAAAUUUCAGGUUUGCUCUGCCAGAAAAGGAUAUGGUCCUUGGUCUUCCGAUAGGGCAACAUAUCCAUUUAUCAGCAACAAUAGGUGAAGAUUUGGUUAUUAGGUCAUACACCCCUGUGUCAUCUGAUGACGAUUAUGGAUAUAUUGAUUUGGUCAUUAAGGUCUACUUCAAGAAUGUUCAUCCAAAAUUUCCAGAAGGUGGUAAGAUGUCCCAAUACGUAGAAUCACUAAAAAUUGGAGAUAAAAUUGACAUUCGUGGUCCUUCGGGCCGGAUUCAAUACAAUGGUCACGGAAAAUUUUCUAUCAAAAAACUCCGAAAAGAUCCUCCUGUUACAAUGAAUGUCAAAAGAGUUAAUCUGAUAGCUGGCGGUGUAGGAAUAACUCCGAUUCUACAAUUAGUUAGGCAUAUUAUGAAAGAUCCAACUGAUAAGACUGAAUGUGCAUUGCUGUUUGCCAAUCAAUCCGAAGAUGAUAUUUUGCUGAGAAAUGAAAUAGAGGAGGUGGCAUGCGUGUUUCCAAACAGAUUUAAAUUUUGGUAUACUUUGGAUAGACCUGCAGAAGGCUGGAAGUACAGUACUGGCUUCAUAAACGAAGAUAUGUUGAGGGAUCACCUGUUUCCACCUUCAGACGAAACCAUAAUCCUGAUGUGUGGUCCUCCACCUAUGAUAAAUUUUGCGUGUUUGCCAAAUUUGGAAAAAAUUGGCCACAGAAAAGAGUUAUGCAUAGCAUAUUAGGUGUCAGGGUUUAUUUAAUUUAUCUGAGAGAACUGUUACUUUGAAAACUUUGUGGGUUUUCAAGCAUUUAUGUUAUCUGUUUUUUUUUGUUGUAUUUUUCAUGGAAAUCACCUUAUGUUACUCCCUCAAAAAAUUAUAUUAUUAUUAAGAUAACUAGAUAAUAAAUGAUCUAAUUAACAGUUA